AUGGAUGGCUACUUUGCGUUCAUCACAAAGACAAGCCUACGCCGCUUACGCACUGAACCAGAGAAAGGCAUUGUCCCACCACGAUCCAAGUGCAGUGUCACCGUAACAAUGAUGCAAACGCAGGUCAGGGCGCUGCCGCCAGAUAAUCGCUACAAGGAGAUCAUCACCGUGGUGAGCACCAGAGUGGAUGGAGGUCUCACUGUUAUGGAUAUAACUGAAGACAUGUUCAUUGAACUGGACGGUGAAGUGGUUGAUGAGGACACUAGUGAGGAGCCUGUUGGGACUCAACCGCCCUUUUAUGAAGAACUCAAUGAGCUGUUCGGCCACACCAUCCAAGAUAGAGGGACAUUAAUUAGUGCCGGAGGUGUUAGGAAGGCAACACCCACUACUGAGAGUGAGGACACUCCGCCCUUCGUGUCACAGGAUCCCAUUGCUGCAUCUAGUGUUGGGCCUUCGUCAAAAAGGCCAGUGAGAGAGGAAGUUGUUGACAGCCCUCCUAAAAAGAAGAGUGAUAGCUUGGAAGACUGCAUCAGAGACAUGUCCGAAACCGUGGUCAUGCGGUGCUGCCGCGCCCUUACCCGUGAGCAAGAGGAGGUUGAUCUGGUGAGGCACAUUUUAGAGCAAGACGGUAUCGAGCAGGGGACUGAUCUGUACUGCAUGGCAACACAUCUAUGCAAGAAUGCAGUGAAUAGCUGCAUCUUCACGACUAUGAGAACCAAAGAGAACCAGCAUGCAUUGGAUCAAUUUCAGCUGGCAUAA